UUGUAUUCAUGCCAAACUACAGGCUAGUCAGACUAGCAAGCCAGAAAACCCGGAAAGCAACCAACGUAGAGCGUUCCUUUUUUUCUACGCAAGUAAAUACAUCAUCAGCAAGUAGCAAACCGGAAAUGGACAACUUUCCGUCAGCUUGGAACGGAUCGAGAUCGCUGGACGUGCCGCAGCUGAUCGAAAGUCUGAAUCUGAAGGAAUCAAGUGUGUCGCCUCGGUCGCUGGACCGCUAUCCGCCGUACUCGCCGUUCUAUGGAGUGAUGGGCGUGGUGUUCUCCAGUGUGCUGACCGCGGCUGGAGCGGCAUACGGAACUGCUGUGUCCGGAACCGGGAUCGCCGCCACGGCGGUGAUGCGUCCGGAACUGGUGAUGAAGUCAAUCAUUCCGGUGGUCAUGGCGGGCAUCAUUGCCAUAUACGGUCUGGUGGUAUCCGUGCUGCUGUCUGGCGAACUGGCACCAGCGCCCAACUACUCGCUGCCCACCGGCUAUGUGCACCUGGCCGCCGGACUCUCGGUGGGAUUCUCUGGCCUGGCCGCCGGCUAUGCGGUGGGUGAGGUCGGUGAAGUGGGUGUGCGCCACAUUGCGCUGCAGCCACGGCUCUUCAUCGGCAUGAUCCUGAUCCUCAUUUUCGCCGAGGUGCUUGGUCUCUACGGCCUGAUCAUCGGCAUUUAUUUGUACACAGUCAACAUUAAGUAGUUGAAUGUGCCAUUC